UCAUAGCUAAAUUUUUUUGUCAGUUUUGGGAAAUGUCAAGAAGUUAAUUCCCACAAUAACACAUUGAUUGAAUGAGAGGAGAGACAUCAAGUAUAAGAGGCCAUGAGAGAGCUCCUCUUCGCUGCGAGAAGCUAAAAUUCUGAAAGAAGAAAGAAAUGUUAGAGUUUGGGAGUUUGUCUAUCGAUUUGGAAGGUAUUGAAGAGGUGUUACUUACGAAAUGGAAGCAAAUAAGAGUGAAUAUAGUGGCGCCAUUGUUGAGAGUUGCAGUGUUGAUUUGCUUGAUAAUGACUCUGAUGAUUUUUGUGGAGAAGGUGUUUGUGGGAUUGAUUUGUCUUGUUGUCAAGGUGUUUAAAUUGAAGCCUGAGAAGCGUUAUAGAUGGGAGCCAAUGAGACCCGAGACCUCAGAUCUAGAGAUUGGUGUUCUAUCUUAUCCAAUGGUGCUUGUACAGAUCCCAAUGUACAAUGAGAAAGAGGUGUACAAGCUUUCAAUAAGGGCAGUAUGCAAUUUGGAUUGGCCAUCUGAUAGGAUGAUUAUUCAAGUACUGGAUGACUCCACUGAUCCAGUUGUGAAGGAUUUGGUGGGAUUGGAAUGUAAAAUAUGGAAGAACAGAGGGUUGAACAUAAAUCAUGAGGUCAGAAACAACAGGAAUGGGUACAAAGCUGGUGCUUUGAAAGAUGGAAUGCUUCAUUAUUCUGUAAAAGAUUGUGAAUAUGUUGCCAUAUUUGAUGCUGAUUUCCAACCAGAAUCUGAUUUCUUGAAACGAACAGUCCCUUUUCUCAUUCAUAAUCCGGAGAUUGCUCUUGUUCAAGCUCGAUGGAAAUUCGUGAAUGCUAAUGAAUGCAUGAUGACAAGAAUGCAAGAGAUGUCAUUAGAUUAUCACUUCAAGAUUGAGCAAGAAGCUGGGUCAUCUGCAUUUUCCUUCUUCGGUUUUAAUGGAACUGCCGGCGUUUGGCGCAUAUCAACCAUUGCUGAUGCUGGAGGAUGGAAGGAUAGGACGACGGUUGAAGACAUGGAUUUGGCUGUUCGUUCAAGUCUUGAUGGUUGGAAGUUUGUGUAUGUUGGUGAUGUCAAGGUAAAAUGUGAAUUACCAAGUACUUUCAAGGCCUAUCGAUAUCAGCAACAUCGAUGGUCUUGUGGACCUGCAAACCUUUUCAAGAAGAUGAUAUUGGAGAUAAUAGCUAACAAGAAGGUUUCAACAUGGAAAAAAAUCCACCUAAUCUAUAACUUCUUCUUCAUUGGAAAGAUUGUAGCUCAUACAUCAGCCUAUAUAUUCUCCUGCAUUGUGAUUCCACUAUCCGUUCUAAUUCCUGAGGUCGAGAUUCCCUUGUGGGGAGUCGCAUACAUACCAACAAUUAUUACACUUCUUAAAUCAGUAGGAACUCCAAGCUCUUUCCACCUUGUAAUCCCUUGGGUGCUCUUUGAAAAUGUAAUGUCCUUGCAUCGAAUUAAGGCAGCUACUACAGGUUUUUUAGACGUUGGCCGGGUUAAUGAAUGGAUAGUUACAACAAAGUUGGGUGAUGGUAGCAAGACAAAGCCAUCUAUGGAAGUGAUAGUUAAGAAUGCAAAAGAUUUAAGAGAUGCUAAAGUGAUAGAGCCGUUGCUUGGUGAUUAUAAGAAGCCUCAAGUUAGGACAAGGCAAAGAUUUCAUUUGGCCGAGCUAUGGAUGGGUGUCUUCAUGUUUUCGGCUGGAUUCUAUGAUGUCGCCUACACUAAAAAAGGAUACUUCAUUUACCUCUUUAUGCAAUCAUGUGCAUUCCUUAUUAUUGGUUUUGAUUUCAUUGGCACAUAUGUUAAAACUUCUUGAAGACAGCUGUUUAGUGGUUCGCAUGCUUUAAAUUAUUUUGUCAUUCAGGGUGGAAAUUUUUUUUUGCUCCAUGUGGGGAAUUCAACAAAGACUAGUGUCUGAUCUAUAUAGAUGAGUUGUUCCUGAGAAGUUGUAGAAGAAAUAAGGAGCUACUAUUUUUAUUUUUAUUUUAUUGAGAGAGAAGAGGUGUAAUAAAAGCUGAUGGUCAUAGUAACCUCUACUAUUUGAAGGAAAGAAAUGAAUGGAUCCUUCAUAGAUGCUGAUAUCAAUGCUUAUAUAAAAUUCUGUGAUUUUCUCAAAGAUGUAUUUAUAUAUAAUUGGGUUCAGAUAAUAAAAUUUAAAGGUAUAUUUGCUUCCUAAA